AUGUUGGAAAAGAUUGGUUCUAAAUUCACUUAUAAAACAUUUGUUGGAAGUUCAACUAACAAAAAUGAGGUUUGUGAAUUAUGCAACUAAACUUUCGAUUGGAAACACAAAUAACAUCAAUGCAAAAGAUGUCUUAGAUAUGUGUGUUACAACUGUGCUCCUGAUAAGGCAAUUAUUGCAUCUCAUGAUUUAAAAACUCCUCAUAGAAUUUGUAAGAAUUGCAAAGAUGAUUCAAAGCAUUAAACAUAGUAGAUGGAAGUAGAAAAAUGCAAGUUUGGACAUUUGUCUGGAAUUGGAAAAAGGUGGGCAUAUCUGGCUCAGGGAGAUGACUUUGCAAUAGAUAAGGCAUAAGAAGAAUAUUAAAAAUCUUUAUCUUAAAUUUUGAAAAAUGCUAGCAACGAAACAAAAAAUUAAAUUUAAACCAAUCUUCAGAGAUAUUUUAAAGAGAAUAAAAAAACCUUAAACUAUUCUCUAUAUGAAUGGAACUAUAAAAUGUGUGUAGGAGAAUAGGAAAUUUCAUUAUUGACAAAGAUAUCAAAUGUCUUGCAUUGUUUCUUUUAAACAAACCCUAUUAAAUUAACUAGAAAUCUGGUCUUUAUAACUACCUACAUCUUGUAUUUUUGCGAUGAGGCCAUCUGCUUAUUACUAUUAUUGUUUUUACAUCAAAAGGUACUACCUUCAAGAUUUCAAUACCAUAAAUUGGAUGUCGAAGAAAACAAGCCUAUUGAUUAAGAAGUCAAAUUUUUAUUAGAUUGUAUAACAGAAUAAUCGAAUUCUAAAAUCGAUUCUUUAUUGAGAUCUAAAUUAAAAGUAUUUUUGGAUACUUAUUCAUCUGAUAUCCUUACAACUCUUAUGUUUAAUCACAUAGAAUUCUAUGUUGGAUAUUUUCUCUUUAAUCAAUUGCUCAUCAAUAGAGAAUUUUCUAUUUACGAGAAAUUCUUAGCUAAUAUCUGUUUGGAAUUACAGAAGGUCAUUGCAGAGGUACAAAUAGAUGAAAUUCCACACUAAAUUAUGAAGAACAUUUAAUUGGAGUAAUUAACGACUUUCUUAUAAAUGGAAGAUACGCAAAAAAGAAAAUACAGGACUAGUUUGACAAGCAAGGAGUAACUACCACAAUAAUCUUCAAAUAUUAUCACAUAAUAAUAAUCAUAGGUGAAGAAAGAGGAAUAAUAACAACAAAGAUAAUCAAGCUGUGAUAAUGCACUACAAUAUUUAUUGGAUUCAUUUAUAGGAUUCUUAAAAGAUAAUUAACAUUCUAAAAUAGAGUAUAUGAUACAGAACGAAAAGUACGAUAGCAAUAAGAAUUAAAUUAAGGAGUUAUAUUAAGCAAUCAAAAGGCAAAAUGAAGAAUUGUCAGGCUUAAGAAAUUCAAUCAGUUAUGCAAAAUAGGAUCAAGAUUUAGAAUAUGAUGCUAAUAAUUCAAGGAUAAGUAGAAGUUCAGUGAAAUUAGAUGAUCCUGAAAGAACAUUUUUUCAAAGAGAAUUAUAAGAAAAAUCUAAUUUGAUAAAGGAGUUAGAAGAAAAAGUCUCAUAAUAAAAAGAGUUAAUUCAAAGAUAUAUUGAUUAACAAUAAUAAAGUGAAAUGGAUAAUUAUAACACUGUUAGUAGUUUAAAAGCUUAAUUAUCAAAUAACAAUUAGAUGACAGCAGACAACAAAGAAAUCUAAACUAAGGCUUUUGAAUAGAAAGAGGAGAAUUAUAGAAAUCAAAUUUCUAAUUUACACUCAGAAAUAAGUGGGUUAAAAUUUGAGAUAAACAAUUUAUAAAUCCAAUUACAGUAAAAUUAAAAAAACAAAACUGAAUUCGAAAACUAGUUGAAGGAGAAAAUAAAUAGUGAAUAUGAAUAAGAAGUAUAUCGACUAACAGAAGAUAGGGUUUCAUUAUUAAAAAAAACUUCAUUUUUACAAUAAUAAAAUUCCUUCUUUACUGUAAAACUCGAAGAGAAAGAAUAAGAAACAUAAGAGUUAAAGAAAUAGCUUGAAGAGUAAAAAAAAAAUACAGAAGAAAUGAGAUUGCUGUAUGCCAAAUAAAAUGAACAAUCAGAUAAAUUAAAUAAGCAUAUAGAUGAUUUAAAUGUUCAAAUUUUAGGUUUGAAAAGAAAAGAAUUUGAUUAAAAUAACAAUUAAACUAAUGCUUAAACUCAUAAUUAAACUAGUAUUAACAAAGAAUUAUAAGAAAACAAUAUUUAAAUUAGAAAUAAUCUUUUGCAUAAGGAGAAAGAAUUAUUUAAUUUAAAACAGAAGUUUGUAGAAGUGAAUCAAUUAAAAAUUGAGUACUUUGAUUAGAUGUAGAGUUAUGAGCGAAUUAAUAAAGAAAUUAAUCAAAGUCUUAAAUAAUAUGAGGGAUAGGAAAUUCAUUAAUUAAAGUCUUUUUAUGAAGAAAAGAUCUCAUUACUAGAAUCAACUCAUGAAGAAUAAAUGAAUCGAUUGUUAUCAUAAUUUUAAUAAAAUCAACCAUACUAAUUGGAGUAACAAACUACAAAUCAGCACUAAUAUUUUAAAGAAAGUUAACCUAAUUAAGAAAAGCAAAUUAUUGAUGAACAAUAAUAAGAAUAAAGUGUUACAUAAACUGAUGAUUGCACAAUAUUCUGA